AUGUCUUUAUCGUCAAACAGCUCGGAUCACCUACGUCGUGUGCGUGAUGAUAUCCCGGUACGCCUAUGGAUAGUCGCUUCUAUAAGCUUUUGGGAAAAAGCAGCCUUCUGGGGCUUGACAGCACCGUGGCAAAACUACAUGCAGCACCCUGCUCGGCUCACUCACGAAGAGACACCUGGUGCACUUGGCCUGGGGCAGGUGAAAGCUACGCGUAUUUACUGCGCCUUCUACAUCGCCUACUAUGUCUCUCCGAUACUGUUCGCUGUCCUUUCCGAUUCUCGUCUGGGCCGAUAUAGAACUCUCUUCGUUUGUUUGAUACUCUUCAACUUGGGCUGCGCAGCGAUGACAUUUAGCUCGUUGCCUUCGAGUCUCGCUGCAGGCUGGGGUUUACCGGGCCUCAUUAUAGCCAUGAUAUGUGUGGCACUGGGAGGUGGCGGUUUUGAGUCCAACAUGGCAGCAUUUUUGGCUGAUCAGUAUGCCGAGACAGACCCGCGCAUCAAGGUACUAUCUUCCGGAGAAGAGGUGGUCACAGAUCGUGUCCUCACUAUCGAAUAUAUCUACAGUCUCAACUAUUGGCUAGGUAACGUUGGAUCGUUAUCUUGGUUUGCGGUCGUAGCUCUAGAAGAGCAUGUCAGCUUCGCAGCGGCAUACGGCCUGUGUCUCGGGUUCGUAUUCAUCUCACUACUCACACUGCUAGCUGGAAGAGGAUAUUUCUUAAGGGUGCCGCACGAAUCAAAGAUCUUCACCCAGGCGAGCCAGAUACUGCUCUGCGCUUGUCGGAGCGGUUUUCGACUCACCCGCACUGAACCCGAGUACCAACUCGAGCAUCAUCGCAAGGUUGUCCCCUGGAGUGGUCAGUUGGUUCACGAACUACGUCGAGCGCUGCAAGGGUGCCGAGUCCUGCUCGCUUUCAUUGUGUUCUACAUCUGCUUUGAUCAGAUGCAGAAUAACUUAAUAUCGCAAUCCGCGCAGAUGGAAACCAGCGGUACCCCGAACGACAUGCUUCCGGCCAUGAACCAAGUGGGUUGCAUUCUCUUCACACCCCUUAUACAUCAUAUCAUCUACCCUCUGCUCCACAAGCGCCAUGUAUACCUCAAGCCGAUCACGCGCAUCACUAUCGGGUUCGGCUUUGUGGUGUCUUCGAUGGCAUACGCUGCAAUCGUGCAGAAUGUCAUCUACUCUUCAGGUCCCUGCUACGAUCAUCCGCGAGCAUGCAGCUCGGUCGCAAACCGUGAGCCAAAUCUCGUCAAUGUCUGGAUUCAAGCACCGGUAUUCUUCCUCAUCGCCAUGGGUGAGGUGUGGGCUUACGUCACGGCGCUCGAGAUUGCGUACAACCACGCUCCAAGGAAUAUGAAGUCCAUGAUCCAGGCCAUCUUUCCACUCAUGGCGGGGAUUGGAUCAGCUUCCGCAAUGGGACUGACAACGUUCGCGCACGACCCGAAUCUCGUUAUCUUCUACGCGUUAUUAGCCGGCGGGAUGGCUGUGACAACGGUUGUUUUCUGGCUCGUGUUCCGCAAGCACGAUCGAAAUGACGCCGGGGACAAGAGUGAUGCACAUGUGGAUAUCGGAGAUACUCCGUCGACGCGACGCAGUGAGCGCACAAGUAUGAUUGCAGACUUUAUUCCGGAGCCAGAACAUGUUGACAUGGAGCUUGGUUUGAUUUCCCUCCCCUACGCCAACAGUGGACUGGUCUCUCCGGAGCAGUCCAAUCUCACAAGCAAAACGCUCGUAAGCCAAAAACAUGGGAUCGGGGUCGAGGUCAACGGCAGCCAUUUUGGACCAGGUGCCUCCACCGAUGAGCCCGUCCCAGGUCAGCAGGCACCUGCUCUGGUCCCAGAGGCGGCUCAUCCGAUACAACUCCCUCCAUCACCACCUCGAAGCCCGUCCAAGAGCACACGGAAGCUCCAGAAACGACAGCCACGGUUCUCAAUGGUCUCCUAG